AUGAAUUCAUUUGUAUAUUCAUUCAAAAAUCCAAGUAGUGAAUUUGUUGAGUCAGCUAAUUUUGUACAAAACAAAAGACCAAACCAAUUUUGCCUGAAAAUUUUUAAUUAGUAGUCAUAUGAAGAUUUUAAAAUAGAAGACUAAUAAUAAUUGCCUUUAUAAUAAUAAUCUUAAGAUUAAUAUCCAUAAUUAAGUAUAAGCUAAUAUUUCUUGAACCCUUAACUAAGUUUAGAAUUAAAAUCAAACCUUCCUUCUUUAGAUAAAUAUAUAAAGAAAAAGAAAAUUCAUAAGAAAGCAAAAUUACAGUCUGCUGCAAUUAGGGAUUAUAAAAAAAAUAUAUGUAGAAAUAUUUUAAGACAUGGAAUAAAAGGAAUAAACAAUAUAUAAGCCCAAAAUUUUCUAUUAGAAAAGUUUAGAAAUAACAAUAAAAAAUUAAUUGAAUUUCAAAAGUUUUAUCAAUAAAAUUUAGAAAUCAUAUCAGGUUUUCGAGUUCUAAAAGAUCAUUUAAUAAUUUAAGCUAAUGAAUCUAAAGAUGAAUAAGAACGUAAAAAAAUUUUUUAGCAAUAUCUAAUCUGGUUCUUGUCUUCAUAAGCUACAAAAUGUAUUUUACUAUCAGAAGCUAAUAAUAUUCCAGAAUAUGUUAAAUACAAAAAUGAUGUUUUAUUAUAUUAUGUCUAACAACCUUCGCAAUGGUACUCUAAUAAACCUUUAUGGAGAAGCAAUUAUUGA